UUUUUGGGGGGGGGGGGUCAGGUGGUCCGAUUAAGAUGUUCCUGUCUGAAGGAAUCCUCUCCUUCAAAGAAAUAAAUACAACGAUGGAUCCGUUUGUUUUCCUCCACGUAAAUAAUGCAUGGUCACAAACAAAUACGCAGCCAUCAGUGCUAGAGAAUCCUCAAGUCUCUACCAGAGGAGGUUGCCGAAGCAGCCAGUUUUCAGUUCGACCGGAAAUUAAAUGCUCAGGCUAAGCGUCUACUGCUCUUCAAUCCCCUGUCCAAGACAAUUCAAACUUGGAAGCAGCUACAGUUCAUGGAUCAUUAAGUCCCAUGUAGCCUCAUCUGCUCAGAAACCAUUUUCUUCGAUUUAUGUCAAGGCCUUGAAGGAUGAGACAGAUGGAGGCACAAGCAGCUUUCCAGGCCGGAGAUGGGAUCCUGGCUUGGAAAUUGAGGUCCCAUUUGAACAAAGACCGGUGAAUGAGUACGAAUCUCUGAAAGAUGGAGCCUUGUAUUCCUGGGGCGAACUGGGUCCACAAUCACUGUUUCUUCGUCUUGGAGGUCUCUGGUUAGUAACCUUCACAGUCCUUGGAGUCCCAAUUGCAGCUGCAAGUUUCAAUCCUGAAAGGGAACCCCUAAGAUUUAUUCUGGCAGCUGGAACUGGAACUCUGCUCCUCGUUUCACUGAUAGUCCUAAGAAUUUAUCUGGGAUGGAGUUAUGUGGGCGAUAGACUUCUAUCAGCAGUGGUUCCCUAUGAGGAGAGUGGAUGGUAUGACGGACAAAUGUGGGUGAAGCCACCGGAGGUCCUGGCUCGUGACAGAUUGCUGGGCUCUUACAAGGUUAAACCAGUCAUCAAAUUGCUGAAACAAACAUUAGUAGGAACAGGUGCAUUGCUCGUUACAGCAGUAUUAUUAUUUACCUUUGCCACGCCAGUGGAGAAUUUCUUUCAGAACAACUUCACCACAAAAGAAAGCCCAUCAAGUGAUCCAACUUCAAGUGUCAACACAAAGUAUAAUGUCAGAAAAGAGGAGUUGCUCAGUUUGCCAGUGGAGGUUAUGGCUGAUGAUGAUUUGGCAGCAGCUGCAGCCAAGGCUGCCGACGGAAGACCAGUCUACUGCAGAGAUAGAUACUAUCGUGCAUUAGCAGGUGGGCAGUACUGCAAAUGGGAAGAUCUUCUUAAGUAAUGGGUAAAAAAGAGGAAUGGGUUUCCUUGAUUCAUAAAUUUGUAAUUUGUGUCAAAUAUAGUACAAGUUUAUGUCUAAGUUUUAUCCUUGCAUCUUCAAGGAACAAAUUAGAUCGCUAAAAUUAGAAAAGACAAGAACCAACAAAAGAAAGAAACAAGAAUGGCACUCUGAGGAGAUCAAAUAAACUGAUAUAUUGACUCUUGAUCAA